UGGCUCAGGCAGCUGUCGGCGUGACGACCUCCGCACGGGUUGCCGACGGGAGCUGGAGGGCACCUUUCUGGAUGAGGUGCCCGACGGGGCCGAGCGGGUCCGGCGGCCGCGGCCUGCUCGCCGAUGUGCCUCUGCGGCUGCCUGCAGGGGCUGUGGCCGGCCCGGCGGCCGGGCGCGCCGCAGUUCGCCAGGGGGAGCUCCGCCGAGUUCCUGGACGCGGAGGAUCAAGAGGGGGACUCGGGCGACGAUCACAGGUUCGAGGAGAUGGCGGAGCGCGCCAGGGUGGGCCUGAGCUCCGUGACGACCCGGCUGGGGAGGAGGCUCAGCGGGCUGCAGGCGGGCUUCAGCUCGCGGUCCGCCGACGGGCUCCGGGCGUCCUCCCCUGCGAUCUUCAGCGAGCACGAGUGGUUUAGAAAUACUCUCGCUCGCUUCGAGCUCCUCAACGACGAGCUCCCCGCCGGCCCUGACAGGCCGCAGGUCCCAUGCUGGAGUGAGGGCUCGGGCCGCGGCUUCGAGCUGCGUUCCAGGCACUGGCCACAGGCUCCACCCAAGGCGUGGACGCAGGGUGCAAUGUACAGGACCAUAUCUGCAGACGUCGUGAAGUCCCAGAGUAGCACCAUCUCCCAAGUUAUGGGCAGACUGAUUCAAUCUUCCGACAUCGCUGGUAGCUCCUGGGAGGCUGGCUGCCUGCUGCCCAGACUGCUCUGCUUCGUGGUUCAGCUGCCCUAUGGAGUAUCAGGCUCCAGCGAGGAGGAUCCUGGGUGCAGCGUCGUGACUGUCCAUCAGAUCACGGAGGAGACGCUGGACGCGUUGAAGCAGGACCCUUUACCAAAUCACGUCAAGUUGUUCGCGAACUUCGUCCGCGGGGGUGAGACAAACUUGCCGCAGCACAGCAGAGGUAAGUCGCACACCAGCGGAGUCUUCAAGGCCAUCGCCAGGGUGGGCAACUUCGAGGACCUCCGUCUAAGUAUGUUUAUGCGGCCCGUGGCCAGUAAGUAUAAUGGGACGCCGUGCCUCAUCACAAAGAGUGGCACAGUCUUCAAGGGGCCUUCGGACGAGUGGCUAGAGGUGGACGUUGACGUCCGCAAGUUCUCCGCGGUCGCGCGCCGCAGCCUCUACUCGCUCCAGGGCAGCCUCAAGCAGUGCUCGAUACACUGCGGGUUUACCAUCCAGGCCUGCACGCCUGAAGAGCUUCCAGAGUACAUCGUUGCCGACAGCUGGCUCCACAACAUCGACAUCAUCGAGGGCCCGAGAACCAUCGACGACGAGCGGCCCGUGUUCUGAGCUACAGAAGGAGCAGCGGCGCUUCGAGAGAUCCCACGCCGCCGUCGAGGUGCGGUGAGGGGCGGCGAGGUGUCCAGGUGUGCUGGCGCACACAGCCGCCACCACGCACUGUGGGGUGGGGUGGAGCUUUGGUGGGUGCAACAUCAACGAAACUCAAGGGACUCGACGUCAAUCGACCGUGGCACAGUGCGGUGGCUGAUCUGGAAAGCAGCGCAGCGUGGCCACGGCAUGCUGCUUCUGGUGGACGAAAUCUAGAUCCGCGAGUCGAGCCCCCUCCGCUA